AUGUCGUAACUCGAUGAGGGAGAUAUGCGCAUGCGUGAGAAAAACGGCCAUGCGCCCUCCAUAACACCUGUCAAAAAUAGCCAGUUCUUCCAGCCGAGAGUCCCUUGACGUCACUGGAAAAAACUUGUGAAGGAAUUACACGUUAUCCGGAACCAGAUUAUCAUGUAAAAUACAGAUAACGAAAAUCAAGCAACAUGUUCGAAGGCGCAGUGGCUGGUAUCCUUAAUCGGCUGCUGGGCAAGUACGUGCAGGACCUUGACACAGAGAAUCUGAACGUGGGCAUCUUCUCCGGGAAUGUCAAUCUCACUGAUCUCAAACUUAAGCCUGAGGCUUUGUACGAAUUAGAUUUACCGAUCGAUGUGAAGAUCGGAACGAUAGGUAAAGUCAACCUCCAAAUACCAUGGUCGGGGCUCUACACCCAGCCAGUGAUCGUCCACAUCGAGGAUGUCUUAAUCCUCGUGGGACCAGCGAUCUCCAACAGUUACUUCGAUCCUGAGAGGGAGAAAAGGCUCACGAGGGCCGCGAAGAGGAAAAUCCUGCAAGAUUUAGAAGCUGAAAGUGAAGUAUUGAAAGGGCCACAGAAUUUCUUCGAGAACCUUUUUACGGCCAUUGUGAAUAAUUUACAGAUUUAUGUGAGAAAUGUCCACGUUAGAUACGAGGAUUCCAUCAGCUCCAAGGACGGGCCGCUGGCUUGCGGCUUGUGUUUGCAAAGUCUCUCUAUUGAGACAACGAACAGCAAAUGGAAGCCGUCAGUGAGUACAGCAAAUGCAUCUACCGUGUACCAGAUGAUGCGUGUCGAGUCAUUAUCUUUGUAUUGGAAUCCGACAGCGACCGCUCUCGAUGACGUGGAGAUAGCUCACAUAACCCCCAUGCAGUACUACAACUGGAAGCACUAUAUGCUUACAGGAUUGGACAAAUUCUCCAUGCAUCACGAGGACUUUGAAUUUUUACUGAAACCAGUCACUUGCAAGGUGAAGGUCAUCAUCAACCGGUCAGGGGAGCCGAGGGUGCCGCGUUUACUCUUGGACGCAGUGUUACAGGACAGUGCGCUGCAAUUCUCCAGGAGACAAUAUCUCUCCAUCGACAACUUGCUCACCUCCUUUCAGAGGAUCACACUUAAUAGAAAGUAUAGGCAUCUCCAUCCUGGGAUUCCCCUUCUAAAAGACGUUAAGAAAUGGUGGCGUUAUGCAUACAAUGUGGUGGUUGAGCAACGGGUUCGCCCUUACACUUGGACUGCCAUAAAAAAACACAGAGAGAAUUACAAUAUUUACAAGAAAACAUAUAAGAGUACUCUAAGAAGUCCAAAUGAUAUCGAGUUAAAAUUAGAUUUGCAAAAGUGCGAGGACAGUCUUCCGAUCAUAUCUGUGGUGAUCGCGAGGGAGCAGGCGAAGUUUGAACUAUUGAGUCAAGAACCGGACCGAAUAGAUGUUGUGGAAACGGAAUUCGAUUGGUGGAGGCCGACCUCAGAUUACGAUAGUGACUCUGAUACAGAAACCAAGUCUCGGGUGGAGCUCUGCGUGAAGACAGAGAGAUGUAAAAGUCUCUGGAGCCACUUGUCGAGCCCUGAAAGGAAGAAAGUGUGUGAGCUUAUAGGCUACGCUGAAGGGGCUCCUAGGCAAGAUAAGCCGAAACAGUAUAUCGAACAUAAAAUUAAUCUAACAUUGGCAAACUGUACCUUGACGUUGAUGAACAGGAGCAAGGAAGUGUUGGUGGUAAAUCUAACGCAAUUCCUCGCGUCCUUGGAGACGAGGCCAUCAGCUAAGGCUUAUAAGGUGUCGGCAAGAACAGAGAGUAUAGUUAUCGAGGGCAUGUCCUCCGAUGGUGAGUUGGUACCCUUGCUGAUAGCAGCUCAAGGCUCCUCAGUGGGCAGCAACACCGUGCUCGCUCUGGAUGUAGAGAAGAAUCCAGUGAACAGUCAUGCAGACCUUGGUAUCACGUGUCACGUUGAGCCCGUGGAACUGGUUUAUGUUGAGCACGCGUUUACAGAAUUGAUAAAUUUCUUCCAAACACAUUCAAUGACGCCUGAAGCAUUGGCCGAGGAAGUGUCACUAGCCGUUGAGCAAAUGGGAGCGAUGAGCAAGUCUGUUUUAGCUCACGCUAUUAGUCGUAGGAAGGUGUUUCAUUUGAAUGUGGACUUCAAAGGACCUGCGAUUAUCAUUCCAGAACAUGGCUGUGUGCACAAGCCGGGGCGCGUGAUGGUUCUGGACAUAAACCGUAUAGUGAUAAAGUCAGAUCUCCAACCUUCGAAUCUAACGUUAGAAGACGCGACUUGCAUGGAGCUAGAAGAACGACUCUAUGACCGUUUCCAUGCUGAAUGUUCUGUUCAGGUGUUGUUCUGCGAAUGGAGCGAUCCGUGGCGCGAGGCUCGUAAGCACGGAGACUCGGAGCUACACUUGAUACCGCGGCUGCGCGCGCAGCUUGUGUUUUCGACCAGCAUCAAGAAGGAUUACAAGCUUUUGCCCAGGUAUAAGUUAAAUAUUUCACUUUCAAGUCUUAAACUUAACCUGUCCGAACGGAUCAUCGGGCAUUUGUUGGAUUUCGUCGACAACUUGCCUGUUCCUGUUCCAAACACCGUUCCGGUCUCGUUCAUGGACUCUGGAGAUUACGUUGAGGAAAUGGAGGAUCCAGAAUUGAUGGAAACAUUAGAGUUAGACAGAGUGACUGCGGAUCCUGGAUACAAAGAGCUGAUCAGAUUAAGGCAAAAUAUUGUGGCGACAUACUUCAGUAGAAAUAGAGCCGCUGAGACCAAGGCAGAUGUUGAUAGUGCCAGAUCACCGGCUGAAGAAUCGUUACCCACAGCAGAUUUGAGUGAUGAAGACGUCGAAGAGUAUGCACGCUCUGUUGAUUUACCGGGUUUCGAUGAUAACGUUUCGCCGAGUAAUACUAUCGGAACAUUGAUGAGAUUUAUUAUUGGUGAAAUAGUGAUCAACUUGAAUCGAUCAAGCGAGUUAGUGGACAAGCCGUACAUCAUGCUGAGUGUCAGCAAGGUUUGCCUGGACGUCGCACUGAUGCAGUUUGGGCCCGCCAUCCAGCUAUCGAUAGGCCAAGCGCUGCUGACGGACAAGCAACACCACAGCAGCACCGGGCAGUACCUGGAGCUACUGACGAGCUCGGGGGAACUGUUCAACCUCCUGUACAGAAAAGUCCGCGCGAACUGCCCCGAGUUCCGCUCGCACUUCCACAGCGUGGAGCAGGCGCUGGUGGCGGACGUGGGCGCGCUGGGGCUGCUCGCGCACGCCGCCGCGCUGGCCGCGCUGCGCAACUACCUGCACUACUUGGCGCACAAGAUACAAAAGCGUCAUUCGCUUAAUAUAACGACGAUGAUUUUGCCGAAGACCAAAACGUUAUGGGAUUAUUUAAUGAAGCCCGAAGCGGACCCUCCCGUGCCGCCCGGAGCGACCAAGUUCAGUUACUCGGUGCGGUUGUCUUCAGUCACGGCGCGUUUGGUCCAGGCUGAAAAUCCCUUGGUGGAAGUUCGUGUGACUGCGCUGGAGAGUGACUGCGUUUUCCGAGCGAACGACAGACUCAUCUUCAAGCUCUAUCUUGGCUCCUUGCAUGUCGACGACUUGGCGGAGGCCACUCUUUACCCCAAGCUGGUAUGGCCCGACGAGGACAAGGUGCUGGAGAUCAAGUACGUGCGCUCGGCGAGCGGCACGCGGGCGCGCGCAGACGCCGAGCUGCGCGUGCAGGCCGGCCGUCUGCACGUCGUGCUCUUCUGCUCGCUGCUCUACCACCUGCAGCAAUUCCUGGAGGCGCUGGUGCCGAGCGCGGCGGCGGCGGGCGCGGCGGCGGCCGAGCGCGAGGCGGCUCGGCGCGCCGGCGCCCUGCGCGCCGCGCCGCUGCGCGUCACGCUCGCCAUCGAGAUCCAUGGUCCAGUUUUGCUGCUACCUCAGAAGCCUUCGUCGCCGAAUUUGUUAGUUCUCAACACGGGUGAUUUGCUGAUAGAGAAUUUCUUCAAAACGAUAAACGCCAGCAUCGAGUCCAGCGCCCCGAUGUCCAGCCCAGUGAUUGAUAACGUGCUGGUUAAGCUCGUUAACAUCACCCUGUCGCGUGCUGUGAUGACCUUGGCUGGUACACUCGAAGUUCAGGAACCGAUCUUAGAGCCAAUCUCGGUGCGAUGCGAUUUAAAACGCGCUGUCGGAUACACACUGGUUGCUAAUAGCAGCGCCUAUAGAGAUUUGCUGUUAUGCGAAGCAGAUGUGGUGAUGGACGUGGUGACUAUCAACCUGGGUCAGAAGGACCUGGCUACGGUGCUGGCUGUGUGGAGCGAUAACCUCAGUGAGGGGCACUAUAUUGGAUGUAUUGUCCCAACUUCUCCGGUAGAACAGCCAGCUUCUGAAGUGACAGUUAAGAAGUUGCAAGCGUUUUUCGCUCAAGGAGAUCCCGUGAGGAAGGAAUCUGUGUUUAGGUACACCUUGGAAGGAGUGGAAUUAAAACUAUUCUCAGAUAUGGAUGAAGUUCUCAGUUCACCGGUACGAGAUCUGAACCACGGUCUAGCGAAAAUCACAGCUGGUGAAGCCAACGUGCACUUUGAUUAUUACUCAGAUAGCAGCAUCGAAGUGAAGGCCAGCUUACAGAGUCUGUUGAUUGAGGAUAUACGACCCGAUCCCACGGUCGUCAUUAGGAGGAUCUUCGAGUCUCAAGGGGGCGGCAGUCGGCGGGGCGGCGGCUUCUCGGUGGAGCGGCCGGCGCUGCUGGAGGCGGCGCUGCGGCGCUCGGCCCGCGCCGCCACGCUGGACGCGCGCGUGGAGCGCACGAGGCUCAACCUCGCGCUGCCUUUCCUGCUCCGCCUCGCGAGGAGCGUGCUCGACGCCAUGCCGGGGGAUAAAACGAUGGAGGGCGGAGUGAUCAAUCAUGGCUACGUGGGUGACGCGCCGACGCGAGGUAAUAAAAACAGACCAGCCCGAUUUCCGAGUUCCAGUGAUUCUACUAGCGGCUACUAUUCCGCCGCAACAUCGAUAUCAGAAGAUUUGCCAAGUUUAUCGAUAUCGGUCCAAUGUCGCCAGCCAGAAGUGAUGUUCUUCACAGAUCUCACGAAAACCGAGGGUCAUGCCCUGCUCCUAAGAACGGAACUCCUAAUUGACUACUCUUAUCAUUCUAAUACUGAGAGCCUCGUUGUAUCUCUAGCUGGUCUCCAAGUUAUGUCCAAAUUGCAAUCGAAAUUAAAGAAUCUACCACCCCAGUUAGUUUUGAAACCGUGUGAUUUAGAAUUUUCUAAGAGUUUCAAAAACGUGGAAGAAGGCGUAGUAGUUCGCUUGUCUGUAUCAGAAGUAGAUGUACAUGUCGCUGCGACCACUGUCCAUACAGUUGUAGAUAUCGUAGAAGAAAUUACAGCAGAAUUAACAAUACCAGAUGAGAAGGAUGCUUUUAAUUUUGCAACGUACAACCCCAGAGCCGAGAAAACUGAUGAGGAUCUCUGGUCUCCGAAGAAGCUGACACCGUAUGUUGGCUUUCACUCUGAGGAUAGCUACAUCCAACCUAAGUAUCCCAGUGUGAGACCAGCAGAGACUUUCGUGGUCGCAGUGCCUAUUGUUCGUGUGACUUUUGAAAUUGAGCACACCGUCAGGGUACCAGUUUUGUUGGUGAAGCUCUCAAGCGAGCUGUCAUUGCACGACUGGUCGCGGCAGCUGCAUGGCUGCGGUUGGCUGUCAGCGCAGGCGCAUUGCUACAACGAGCGGCUGGACGUCUGGGAACCGUUGCUGGAACCUGUACUGCAGGACAAUGUGCAGCGUUCCUGGGAGAUCAGUGCUACAUUGUUCCAGGCCAAAUCAUAUCCCAUGUCUUCACAAUUAUCCACGAAAAACACAGAAGAGACGAUGUCCGAUAACGUAUCCGCGGAACCGCCUAGAAAACCAAAGAAAAAGAAAGGAUUUGAAUCAGAAACAUCUGCCGAUGAGGCCGACACGGAUAGCGAAAUGGUUUUCAUAAGGAAUCCCAAUGUAAAACAAAACAGGAGCUAUAAUGUUGAUACCAAUACUUCCAAUAUAUCCUUCUUAAAGGCAUUAGACGUCGAAGAAUCUGAUUCAGAUAAUGAAAAUGGCAUGCUUGACAAAUUGUCUAUAGGAGGUGGAGAUUUAUUUACGGACAGCGAUACUAGUAUGGAUGGGAUGAGCACUGAUGAGGAUUCAUCAGCACCAGAACAGAGCGAGGUAGAAGUUAGUGACAGAGAGGAAGAAGUAGAAGAGAAAGCCGUGUCGUAUAUAGAUGGUGAAGAAAAGAAGAAAGUAGAAAAUAAGAGUGUUACGGUACAGGAACCGGAACGUGAAGAUAGUGCGGAAUCAUCUCUAGAAGAGAGACGUUUCUGUACCUACAUCACGCUUGAAGCAAGAUCACCAUUAAAUUUUACAGUAACGCCAGCAGCAGUGAGGGCAUUGCAAGCGCUGUCAACCGCUAUAACAGAUCGUACAGCUGCAGUAACAGCUAUUGUGGCUGCUGAUAGUGGCUUACAACUGGUAAAUGAUAUAGGGCCGGGCUCGUCGGUGGUGCUACGCACGCGAGCCGAGACGGACCUCGCCGGCAACGAUCGCGUGCUCGCCGUCGCCGACUACGACCACUCCAGCAGAGCUAGCACGCCAGGUUGUGACACAUCUGGAGCGGAUUUGCUCGAUGAGGUGGAAAAGGAAACCAAACAAGAGAUGACUGAUAUCAGUGACGAGUGGGACUGCUUCGAGGGUGGAUUCCCUGCCACGUGUUCGCUGUCCGGUGCGGAGCGCCAGUCUCCGGGUGCUCCACCAGGCGCAGAUGUCCUCCUACGUCGAAUCACUGACCAAACGCUCUCCAUACGUUUGCACGACUUCGAACAGCUCAACAUUGUAUGUCCACAACGCUCCGUAUCGAAGCUUCACGUUUUACAUCCGAGCAAGAACGGGACCCGCUAUUACAUCGUGAUAGAGCGAACUACCAAAUACAACAACAAGAAAAUCGUCGUCCGAUCACCUUUACAGGUGCGCAACGAGACGUCGUACGCGCUGGAGCUGCUGUACCGGCGCUCGGAGCUGCAGGCGGUGGGCGCGCGGGCGGAGGGCGCGCUGCGCAACCCGUUCCGCGGCCUGCUGCGCCUCGCCGUGCUGGCGCCGCACGACUCCUACAACGUGCCGCUCUACGUCGCCUACCACUGCCGGCUCUUCCUCGUGCCGGCCAACUUCGAAAGCUACCAGGCGCCUGCCCAGGGCAUAUGGUGGAUGGAGCUGGUCAACGAUUUGGGCAGCUCGCGUGACGUCGUGUGUCCCGCUAUGGAUGAUACUGAACCAAGCGUGUUCGCCAUGAAGGUCGUUCCCGUUGAAGGCUGCAAGUCGCCGCAGGUGUCGCGCUCGAUCCCCAACCUGCUGCUGCGCGUGGUGCCGCCGCUGGGCGUGCACAACCGCCUGCCGUACGCGCUGGAGCUGUCGCGCGGCGCGCUGCGCGUGCGCGUGGAGGCGGGCGAGCGCGCGCACGUGUACGCGCUGACGCCGCGCCUGGCGCACCAGCUGCAGCUGCACGUGCGCUACCUGGGCCUGCCCUGGAGCGGCGCCUUCACGCUGUCGCCGGAUAUGACGCUGAAGACUAUUAUUAUGACAACGGAAUGCGAAACGGAGGGCGGUAAUAAGCAGCUCAUAGUGCAGGCUAGGCUGCAGCAAGGACCCAACCUGAAGCUGCUGCUCUACGCGCCAUGCUGGCUCAUCAAUAAGACCGGCUUGCCGUUGCAGAUUAAGGCCCGCUUGGACACGUGCUACGAGGUGUCGGAGGAGCCGCUGCUGUGGUGCGAGCGCGAGCGCGUGCGCGUGCGUGCGUACCAGUCGGGCUGGUCGCGCGCCACGUGCCUGCGCGCGUACGCGCCCGGCCUGCUCGUGUGCACGCACACCGAGCGCCGCCUCAGCUACCGGAUGCUGCUGCACGUGACGCUCUCCGAGGUCUGUCCCCAGCUGACGAAAAUAGUGACAUUCCUCCCAUAUUUCAUCGUCUACAACGACACGAAGCGCCACCUCCGCUUCAUGGAGGAAAACGAAGCCGCUGAUCUGUGGAUAGACCUGGCGCCGCAGCAGUGCACGCCGUACUGGCCGCAAACGGACUCCAUGGCCAUGCAUUGCAAGUACCGGGACUCGACCGUCGUCUCGCAGCACUUUUCCAUCACGAAGAAUCACUUCACGGUGCUGCGUAUGGAUAAGGGGUCGGCGAUCUGCGUGGAUGUCUCGGGAGGCACAGACCGGCCCUUCACGAUCACGUUUAAGCCCUACUCCGUCGGGGACGCGCCUGUACGCAUUGACAAUCUAUGCGACGACCUAUUUCUGAAGUUACAUCAGGUGGAUUCCGGUCAGGUAGCACUAUUAAGCCCGUUCCAAUCCAUGCUACACACGUGGGACGAUCCCGUAAAAGAGAGAAGGCUCUUGUGGAACAUCUACAAUAACAAAGGCAAAGGUUUCCUCGCUGAUUUUUCGCAGGAUGGGUUUGGUGAAGAAAAAGUUAGUUUCCAUUCAGUAAAACAUUCGACACUCAUCGCAACGAACAGCGUCACAUCAAAACUAUCAUUUACCCUCAAACGACUUACCCCUAAGUCUCCUGAGCCAGGAUCGUCGAGCAGUGACGAUUCUGAUAGUUUCGAAUUUCUAGAAAGUCACACAAAGAGUAAGAAGAUGAGGAAAGACAAGGUUAUAGUCUACUGGAUAUCAUUCAUGGACGGAUACCAAAGAGUAUUCGCUCUAGCCCAAGAUGAAAAAAUAGCUUAUGAGUAUAAAAUGCGAAUUAACUCCGAACGUAGCAAUUACGAAGUGUAUCUAUCUCUCGCAAGUGUCGGUCUUUCCGUCUGUGUGCAAACCCCUAACGGCGUUAAGGAAUUAUCGUAUAUAAGCGUCACAGACUCCCUUCCAAGAUGGGAGGCUAAUGUCGGUAAUAAAUGGAAGCAAUUGGCGUCAUAUGUGACAGCGUGGAUAGAAGAAAAAUAUCAGACGGAGCAAAAGAAAUGUCAAAUGGAGGUGGAGUUUUUAUAUAUAGACUUAGAAAAGAUGCAGAUGACGAAACCGUACUUCUCAGAACUUCGAAGAUCAUAUAGUCCAGGAAUAUGGUGCCAGUUCCGAAAAUCUGAUACUAAUACAUACUGCCAUCUUAAACUACAAAGAUUUCAAAUAGACAAUCAGCUCCACGAAGCUGUUUUCCCUACAGUCCUCUACCCGGCUGCUUUACCUCCACAUUUGAAGCCAAGAGACCUCAAACCGUGUGUAGAAGUUGUCGCUCUCAAACAAUUCAGACCGAACAUAAAUCAAGACGUUUAUAAAUAUUUUAAAUUUUUGAUUCAGGAAUAUUCUGUGAAUUUAGAUAGAGGAUUUGUAAACCACGUUUUCGAUAUCCUGAACCAUUGGAAGCUUGAAGAGAAGCCGGCUGUCCGCUUGAGAGCUGAUUUGGCUUUGGUCCACAUGCCGUUACCAGUGAUCGCGAUGCGAAGUCAAACUUUAGCGCAGAGAGACGUCGUAUUUGAAUUCAUUCACUUAUCGCCUAUUAAACUGAUCCUGAGUUUGUCAUCUAGAGGGUAUUCUAAUGAAAAUAUAGACAGUCCAAAGAGAUUCAGGUACGGAAAUCACAGGGAAAAUCGACCGAAACUAUUCAAUAGUGAUUUAUUAGAAUAUUUAUUCAAUUCGUGGGGAUCUUCGCUUUGUGACAUGAAAGAUGUCGUUCUAAAGAUGAGCUACUUAGAGCUGCGGAACGCUCCCAUUACUCUUCCUUCGCUAUUGGAUACGGCCUGUCGCCAUUACCGGCUACAACUGGUGCAGCAAUUCUACGUGCUUGUGCUGGGACUCAACGUCCUGGGAAACCCCUACAGUUACAUUGGUGACUUCUCCAAGGGAUUGAAGAAUUAUUACGAACCAUGUGUGGGUUCAGCAAUAUCCCGUAGAGUAUCAGACGCAGCAUUGACAUUACUGAACGGAGCAGCAAGACUGAUGGGUUGCGCGAGUGACUCCAGUACUCCGAAUGUUUUCGAAGACGCUCCAAAAGUUCGGCCACCGAAGAGACUCACCAGUGAUGGAGGUGUAGUCGUCAAUGAUUUGCCGAAAGCAGUGAUAGAAGAGAACAAAAGUUACCCAGCGAGUGUUGCUCUGGCCGUCACCGGGCUCAUAGCAAGGCCUACUUUCGAUGAAGACUUUGCUAUAGUGAGACACGUGUGUCGCGAGGAGGCGCGCGCGUCGUACUGGCGCUGCGCGGGCGCGGGCGGCGCGGAGGUGGCGCUGCGCGCGUGCGAGCGCCGCGCCGCCGGCCGCCUCGUGGCGCGCCGACGGCUGCCCCGGCACUGCUCAGAAGUUGAGGGCGUGCGUACGUACAGCGCGUACGAGGCUCGCGGCGCGGCGCUGCUGUGCGCGUUGGCGCGCGGGCACUACGCCGACAAGGACGCGCACGUCGCGCACGCUCACCUCGCUCCGGCCUCGCCCUCCACGAUCCUCAUAUCCACCAGGCACAUAUUCGUGGUGCGCGCGGGGGGGCGCGGGUGGCGCGUGGAGUGGGCCGUGCGGCUCAACCAGCUGCUCGGGGCGCCGCGAGCUCAGGACGGCGCGCUCGUGCUCAACAUCAAACAGGAUAAAUUGGUCGACUAUUUCUCGACGGAUAAGAAGUUUAUAGAAAUUCCAGACCCUCAGGUGCUAGCCUGGCUACAGUCGAAGAUCGAAUGCGCUCUCAUACAAGCGCUGGAAGACAAGCGAUGUCCCAGCGACCAGUAAAUAUGUAAUGUACCUUACAUUAAAGGAAUUAGAGAAAAAUAUACUCUUUGCUUAAUAAAGUUGGUGUUGUAUGCUAUCAACAUUUUUGACUCGUUACCCCGUGCUACCAAUGUAUUUUUUUUAAUUCCCUGUCACUGGCAUUAUUUGCUUCUUCAUUUCAUUAAUUUAGUAGUUAUGACAUAGUUAGCUACUGACUGAAACGAUUGUAAUAAUAAAUAAUUCAUCAAUCAGUCGGUCUUCUCCUCAAGAAAGGAGAGGAAAUGCCUUAGCCCAGCAGUGGGUCAUUCACCCGCUGUUACUUACUUACAGGUAUAGGUAAUUUUUUUCCUAAUUUUACCUUUACGUAACGGGUGAUGUAAUUUUGUCUUUGUAUAGUAUAGUAAAACUUUGAGAAAUCCUACCAACUACGAAGUUACCAACUAAACAUUCAGUUUGAUACAAAGGACUAUGCUGACAAAACCAAACAUGAGUAAAUUUUUAAAGUGUCCAUUCUAAGGAAUUCCCCAGUUUACAUUAAGCCCCGCGCCCUCUCUCUCUUUAUCCAUAAUUCUUAUUCUCAUCCAUGCAGUAGAUUCUUGCCCUUUGGUAGCACUGUCCUUCACAUAUUACCCGUUUUAUUUAAAAAUAUGUUUCACGAACAAAACUAAAAUUCUACACAAGUACAGUGAUAAUAACACGCGCAAUUCAUAUGUCAUAUCAUAAGACAUUGGAUUGAAAGAAAAUAAAUAUAUUACUUAGAUUUUGGAAUAAGUAUUAUUUUUCCCUAAUUCCUUAACCACCAAAUUAACUUAUUUAUUUAUUUAACUUAUACGUAAUAUCUCAGUAUUACGAACAAAUCAAGUGUAAGCACAAUCUAUGUUAAGAUAAUAUAUUUUUUAUUUCAUUUGAAAUAUUGAUCUGUCUUAUUUUAAGGUUAUUCGAAAUGUCAUUCGAAAUUAAAAACUUAAAGUUCUGACUGAUCUCAUUAUCUUGAAUUUAAUCGUUUAUGAUGUAACAUAACUUAUCUAUGAUUGAUUUGGUUUAUUCAAAUAAUACUAUUGUAGUAUUAUCUAUAAUGUUCAAAUAAGUUCUUCCUAAUGUACUUAACAAUUUCUGCUUCUAUUCAAACAAUAUUUAGAUAUUGGUAGAACCCUUGAUACCUUAUAAUUUUAAUUAAAUUUAAGAAAAGCAAAGUUUACACUCUGUCUGACGAAAACAUGAACGACGAAUCUUCCUACGAAUAUUAUUUGUUUUUACAAAAUGUUUAAUGGAAAUUUACAAUACAAUAACUAAAAGCAUUGUUACUUUUAAUCAGUUUCUGGAACUCAUAACCUAUAUAAUAUAUAUUGGAUAUAUUUUUAAUAGUAAGUAUUUAAAUGUUUAGUUUUAAGCCUAUAAUUAUUUCAAAUUUGUCUUUAUAGUUAUUAUUGGUAUAUAUAAUAUAAGAUAAUUAAUCAUCGAUUAAAAUAUUUCACUAUUUAUGUAAUGAUUGAAUGUUAAAUAUUUUUGUAACAAAAUAUUAUGCCAUAAAUACGAAUAUUAUAUAUAAAUGUAUUUUGCAUACAUUUCUUUAUAAAUAUUUAAGCCGGUGCUACACGUUCAAAAACAGUUAGUGCUUCUAAUUGUCUAUAGAAAUGAGUGCAAGCCUUUUUGCACUUAUACAAUUAGAAAGCACUCUUAAAUAAGAUAUAUUGAUCAUCGUCAUGGGAAUGCAAACAAGUGUACACACUCCAGAUGUCGGCUUCAGCUAAACUGGCUUUAUCAAGUUCUUAUAAAUCGUUGCGUUAAGUUUUUUUUAAAUUAUUUUUUUCUUUCUUCUUCUUUAAAACAAUAUUUAACUAGUAGUUUCGCUGCUUUAGAAUAGUAUAACUUCCAACCGACAUUUACAGUAACUUUUAUAAAUAUACUCAUAGUUAGUGUGAUCUAAAAUAAUUUCCAGUUACUUAUCGUUAAAUUAUUCUAUUCCAUUCAUUGAACAAUUCGAUUCUUCAAAACAAUUGCAAGGACGUGUAGAGGUUCAAAUAAAAUUGAACAGUGUAGCGCCGGUUUUUAAAACUUUUUAUUCAUAUUCAGGUAAUUUACUAGAACAAAUAAAAUUAAAGGCAGACUUCUUUCAACUAUAACGAAAAAUAAGAUUAAGCUGAAGAUAUCUUCGUUCAAAAUUUAUUUAAUUUAUUACUUAAAUUAAUUCAUGUGCCGCAUGCAAUUUCAGUUUUUGUUUCUUUUUAAUAGUAGCUAUAAUACCGUUUAUUGCAAAGCUUUAUGGCCUAAAUUAAUUCGAGUGCACGUACAAAUGAAAACAAUUGUAAUUGAUUAUCUUCACGGAACAAUGAAUAAGUAAUAUGUUUUUAACGUGCAUUUGAAUAAAUUAUGUCUGUCAUAUAUAAAAUAUUAAAUGUUGUAUAAAAGCUUUUCGUUGAA